AAUUCUUAAUGAUAAUAAGUAAGCUACAAAUUAGUAUUAUCUGUAUUGAAACACCGUUAGCCAGUUUCCCGAGGGUACAGCGACAUCUAUCGCAGUAUUUGAACAACCAUAUCAGUCCACCAAACCAAAGCAAUGUGAAAUUCCAUACAUAGGUAACAAACCAUGUAUAAUAAGUGUUAACGCAUCAGCGGUCAAACCAGUUCCGGAGGGGUGAGGACUGCGGAGUAUGACGUCACGAGCGCGGCGACCACUCACCGCGCAAACCACACACGGCUCUCAACUACCGCCUCAUACAUACCUAAAUCCUUGUAAAAUAGCAAAUUAAACUAAGUAAACGUGAAGCAGGAGUUUUCUUGAAGAGUCAACCCCUCAGCUGAGCUGUUCGUCAAUAACAGCUCCGACAAGUGGCGACCGUGACCGGACUGUACCAAUGUCCACGUACCAUAAUCUAAAGGGAGAUCGACGGGCGAGCGGAAUAUUCCAUACGGAUUGCAACAAUUGCACCUGCAUCCAGUGAUCGUCAUCGCAAUUAUACAGGAAAGUAGCCCAUCCUAUAUUUUCCUUAACACCUGUGAUCCAUUCCCCUUAAUUUGUGUGAAUAUAGUGCUCAGCCCUCAGCUUUUGUCUAGACCUUGAAGUGUUCAUAAUUCGUGAUAAAAUAAUAAUUAAUCAGUGCUAUAGCUAUCAAAAUCGCUGCUUAUUCGUUACUGUGCAUAAAGUUAAGAAAAGCCUAUUUGCAUUCAUGAACUACGUAAAUUGCGAGCAUUAAAUAGGUGUAUCUACUCAGUGCGAUAAGCGAGCGUCCAUUUUGUGUUGCAUCAGCUUUGCAUAGCAACUGCAUUUGUUCUGCAUAUAUCUUACAAAAUCUUAUAUUUCUUCAUUUCAUAUCUUGCUUUAAGCUACCUUGAUUAAGGUAAUAAAAUAACUACACAUUAUUUGCUAUAUACAAUUCUCAGUACCUUAAAUCUAGUAUAACAAGAGAUACGUUAAAAAAUAUAUAUUUUCAAUCUUUUAGAUAAUUUAGAUUAUUCCCUAAAUCAGGAAAAUAGUGUGUUCUUUAAACUCAAACGGUCCUAACCGUGCAUUCCAGUGAUUACGAGAGUUCUGCGCUCAUUCCUGUGCCAAGCUGUGAGUGUUGUCGUGCACGGCGUACGCCUCGCGUCAUAGCUUGACGUGCACGUCACGUUACCUACUUCGCUGCAAAUCAACGUGCCGGUGGACCAGUUGUCAAGACUUUUAAUUGGGCUGAUAAUAAAACAGCUGGCCCGGCGCCCGUCAUUAGCGCGGCCAGCGCGUGCGCCGCGAACGCGAUAGCGGAUCGGGAGGUAUUGUUAUGCACAGCUUUAGUUAAAAUAACGAACGUUGAAAAUAACAAAUCUCACAUUAUUCGAGCUAUGUUAGAUCCUGGUUCGCAGAGAUGUUUCUUAACUGAACGCAUGAAAAAUAAGUUAGGAUUCUCUAACAAUAACAAAAAACCGGCUUGUGUGUACAGCUUAAAUAAAUUAUCAUUUAAUGUCUCAGAUCGAUGUGAGCUCACUGUAAGUUCGUUAACGAGUCCUUAUGAAGUUAAUAUUCGUUGUUUCGUCGUGGAGCAUCUUAUAGAUAGCCUACCUAACAAUUAUGUAGAUACCUCAAAAUUAAACAUACCUGCGGAUAUACAGCUGGCGGAUCCUGGUUUUUAUCGUCCUUCUGAAGUCGAUCUGCUACUAAGUGCUGAAUUUUUCUUUAGUAUCACGACGUCGGAUAAAAUCGAACUCGGACCAAAUAAGCCGGUUCUUCAAUCUUCAAAACUAGGCUGGUUGGUCGCGGGGCCCGUAAGUGACGUUGAUUCGGAUGAGGACGAGAUUGUGCGUUGUUGCUUUACGAAACAAAUCUCACAAGAUCUCACACGGUUUUGGGAGCUUGAAGAAAUUUCAUUACCGAACGUCACUAAAAGCGGGAGCGAUAAUAUUUGCGAACAACACUUUUUAGAUAACACGCGCCGUUUAGAUAACGGUCGAUUCUUAGUUAAAAUGCCGUUACGUGAAAAUCCGGAAACCGCACUUGGCGAUAGUUUUAAUAUGGCUAAAAAACGAUUCUUAAACUUAGAAACUAGAUUAAAUAAAAAUCCAGUUCUUAAAAAACAAUAUUGCGACUUUAUCAAGGAGUACGAAGAACUAGGUCACUUGAGUAAAAUUGAUAAACCUGACUUCGGUUAUUACGCUCCCCACCACGCAAUUAUUCGUGACAGCGAAACUACAAAAUUGAGGGUAGUUUUUGACUGUAGUGCUAAAUCUAGCUCACAAAAGUCACUUAAUGACAUUCAAUAUAUAGGACCCGUUAUACAGGAUGAAUUAUUUGACAUUCUUAUCAGGUUUCGACAACAUAAAUAUGUUUUGUCCGGUGACAUACAAAAAAUGUACCGGCAGAUUUUCUUGGACGAAUCGCAGCGCCAUCUGCAAUUAAUCCUUUGGAGGGACGAUAAAACCAAACCGCUUGAUGUACUUAGGCUAAAUACGGUGACGUAUGGGACCAGCUCAGCGCCUUUCUUAAGCGCUAGGUGUCUUGUACAGUUGGCAAAUGAAUGUCCCGACAAAAUAGUGUCCGAAAUAAUAAAACAUGAUUUUUACUACGAUGAUUUCCUUAGUGGCGCUGAAAGUGAAAGCAACCUAAGGCAUAUUUACGAGUUAGUUAAAGAAACGCUUGCCUCAGCUUGCUUCCCUAUUCACAAAUUUAGAACAAAUUGUCCACAAAUUUUCGAAGAUGACUGUACUUCAACUCAGUCAUUAGACUUAAAUAAACAAGCCAGCGUAUUGGGCUUAAUUUGGUUUCCUGAUCAUGAUACCUUACAAUUUUCAGUGAAGAGUUUGGUUUUGACCGUCGUCGAGGUGUGCGGCCUUGAUUUUGCGGGGCCCUUCAUGAUUUCCAGUAAAAAGGGAAAGGGGCACUUUCUGGUGGGGCGGCCCAUGACUUCACUGCCGUCACCCCCCGUUUGUCUUAAAAACCCUGAUAGGUACCAGAGGAUCGAGCAACUGCGCCAGCAUUUCUGGCAACGAUGGCGGAACGAAUACUUGGCCGAGUUGCAGCAACGUACCAAGUGGCGCCAGAGGCAGAAGGAACUCAAGGUUGGAGACCUAGUGGUGUUCAAGGAGGAGAACACCCCGCCACUCAAAUGGAGGCUCGGGAGAGCUCUACACCUCUAUUCAGGAGCUGACGGAGUCUGUAGGGUAGCAGAUUUCACCACGCAGAAGGGCGUGGUCAGAAGAGCGCUCAACCGAGUGUGCCCCCUCGCCUGCACGAACGAUCUUGAAAGCAGCAGCUUUCAAGGGGGGCAGGGUGUUAACGCAUCAGCGGUCAAACCAGUUCCGGAGGGGUGA